CCUCUCUUUAAAUAACCUCCCCAUCUAUAACUAUAAAUACAACCUUUCUCUCCCCCCAACUUCCGCUCCUAUCUCUCCACUUUCCUCACAAGAACAAAGCAAGAAAAAAGAAAAUUUUGAUAAAACAUAUUCCCUCACCUCCUUUUUCUGCAACUUUGGUCUUUCACAUUAGUCUCUUGGUUGAUCUUUAUAUUAUACAAUAAUGGUGAAGGGUGAGCAGAAGAUCCAAGAGAAGCCGAUAUCAAAGGCAAUGCCAUCAACUUCAUCAUCAUCAUCAAGCAAGAAGAAGAAGUACAAGGGAGUGAGAAUGAGAAGCUGGGGUUCUUGGGUGUCAGAGAUAAGAGCACCAAAUCAGAAGACAAGAAUAUGGUUGGGCUCUUAUUCUACACCGGAAGCCGCAGCUAGAGCUUAUGAUGCUGCACUUUUAUGCCUGAAAGGCUCUUCCGCAAAUCUUAACUUUCCCAUCACUUCUUCUCAUUACAUUCCUGAUACUGUUAUGUCUCCUAAAUCCAUUCAAAGAGUAGCUGCAGCCGCUGCAAAUAGUUUUGUUGACAACUCCUCUCCACCAAUAUCACCCCCUCUUCCUUCUUCUUCCUCCUCUUCUUCCUCUUUAAUCUCAUCUCCAUCAAUGUCCUUCUCACCCUCUGAUCAACUCCUCGACGACGAUGCAUCUUUAUUGCAAUCUAUCGAGCAGACCUACAAUGAACCCUCCAUUUCCAUGUUGGAACUGCUUCCAUGGUACAACUUUGAUGGGAUUCAAUCACCAAAGUAUGUCGAUCAAAUGUUAAGUGGCGUCUCAUUGUUUGAUCUACCCCCAACUGUCGAUGACUUUCUGGAAGAAGGAGAUAUUCGGUUGUGGAGCUUCUGCUAGCUGAUCAAAUACUGGCCAAUCCCAUUCAAGUCAAACUAAAUAUCAUUAGUAUUUUUUUCUUUAUUUUUUUCUACUGAUAUUCAUUCUUUAUGUUCAGUUGUUUCUUGCUUGAAGACAUCACUGACAAUGACCUAAGUUCAUAUUCAUAUAUAUAAAAAAGGAGUGUAUUGAAGACUUUGAGUAAUUAGAAAAAAGAAACCCACAUGGAGAUGAGACUUUUUUUUUGGACUAUUUCAUGUGGGUUUCUUCAUAUUAUAUUACAUGUAUCAAUCAUUCAAAGUUUGUAAUGUGUUUAAUGUAAUAAAAAGGAGAAUUAUUUCAAUUACCUCUUCUGAAGUUUUUACA